GCGGUCAAGCUUGGCAGAACCGGGUCGCCUGAAGCUGCCUCCCUGCCACCUCUCUCCAACAGCUUUCCAUGCUCAAUUCUCUCUCUUUCUCUCCCCGCCACCUACCCAACCGGAAUACGCAUCACAUCCCCUUCUUAGCCUCCCGCAAUGUCGAACCCAGAAGCGCAAGCCGCGCAGGCGGCGCAUCAGGCGCUCAUCGAGCAGCUCGACAUUCACUCCAUCCACAAGACGUUCCGCAACCCGCACUGGCGCCCCAACCAGCGCCGCAACAAGAACGUCAAGGCCAUCCUGGGCGACGCGUCGCGCAAGGAAGCCUCGGUCAACGCGACACCGCGGGAGAACAGCGGCGCAGUGACUCCGUCGCAGGAUAACGACGGGCUCUCGACGAGCGGCACCUCGACCCCGGCCGUCCCCUCCGCCACCGGCUCGACCAACCCGCCGAACCUCGCCCAGGCGUCACGCAGCCUGUCCAAGCUUGUCCUCGAAAAGGCGCUGUCCGCGUCCUCCCAGCAGCCAAACGGCGCGUCCUCGGCGCCCACGGCAACCUACACCAACAUCGAGAGCGCGCCGAGCCUCGCGCCCUUGAAGCACUACUGCGACGUGACCGGCCUGCCGGCACCGUACAUGGACCCCAAGACGAGGAUGCGGUAUCAUAAUAAGGAGGUGUUUGCCAUGAUUAGAAGUCUCCCCCAGGGCGUUGGCGAGCAGUUCUUGGAGGCAAGAGGCGCCCACACGGUUCUCAAGUAAAAAGGAAAGGACGGAAUGCGGACGCCGGCCAUCGGGAAGGGUUGCUGCUGCCAUUUCGUGAAAAUUCUAGAUUGCACCAUCGGCAGACGCCGGAAUCUGGGGCGGUAACAGUUUGACGCGCUGCACCUUCCCUCGAAGUCAUGUCCACCGACAGGAUCCUGUCACCGAAGCUGACGAUUCGCUCUCGCCCUAUGGCCCGGGCUCGCGACUACCUUGCCGGCCGUGCUCUGCCUCAUGUUAUCGUUU